CACAAUUCCGCAAAACAACAGUUAACUUACAAACGCAUUGCAACUUGCAAGUGUGAAAUCAUUCCCAAUUUCGACGUAGACGAAGCGAGUACUCAGUUCUAAUUUCAGAAAUUUCGUUUUAAUUUGGUGUAAACAACAAAGAGUGAAAAAUGUUGAAAAGAUUCUUCUGCAUGAGUCUCAAUACCGCCGGCGUGGUGAUCGGCUGGUUGGGUAUUGUUGGCUCCUUGUUGGGUAUAAUUCUGCUAAGCACAAUUUUGAAAUUUAACGAUGAUAUUGUUAAGGCUCUUGACUUAAAGACGUCUUCUGGGGAUGAUCAAAUGCAUUUGGCUAUUGUCAUCGGAUGCAGCGUUUACUUGGGGUUCAUUCUGCUGAACUUACCGUCAUCGGCCCUGCUAGUACUUGGCACCAAGAAGGAACGUCAUCUGAUGCUUCUGCCAUGGCUGAUUAAUUCUGCCGUCGGACUUGCCUUUAACAUUGUUUAUCACCUGGUUGUACUAAACGUCGUGAUCUACGCUGGCAAAGAUAUCAGGAGCCUUGUAGCUGUUCUGAUACAAAUUGCUCUAAUACUAGCUUUGCAAAUCUACAUUUAUAUGGGAAUCUACUCGCUGUUCAAGCAAAUUCAGAAAACACGCGCGCAGCAGCGUCCACUGACAACUGCUACACCAGGCAUGACUGUACCAAAUCAGGGCAAUACGUAUCCCAGCUAUACCAAAAAUUGAAAGCGAAGCAUCAGAGCAAAUGCGAACAACUUCGUUCUGCACUGCGACACUUAACACACACAUUCAAAUACAGAUACAUAAUCACCAGAGCUGACACUUUAGCUUUUUUCACGUCAGAUCAGACUUUAUUUGAAGUCCUUAUGCGGAAAAAAUUCGAAAGCGGCGGGUUGCGGGAAUUCUGGCAUUAAAAAAACAUUAAUUUAGUUCUAUUUUAGCUUUAUUUAAUUAUCACUUACGAUUUAUUUUGUUUUUAUCUUUGUUAAAAGUUUUGACUGAAAACUAAAAAUCAUGAAUACAAGUAUCGAUACACGAUUUUUUAUCAUA